GCGCGCCGCAUUGCAUUUUGGGAGAAUCAAGAUGGUCUUAAAUCGCCAAGAUGGCGAUGAGUCUAAGGAGAUAUAGUUUGGUGUUUGCAUGCAGUUUUUUCUAAAAGUUAACUGAGUGCACGUUAAUUGUCAUCAUGGGUAGAAACUAGAAGUAUCUAAGUUUAAGUUCAACCAGGGCAAGGACCCUCAGUGGCCGUCUGAACAAGCCCUUGUGCUCUUUUUUCGCGGCGUUCAGUGUGUGCUUAGCCUGUCAACAACCAUGAACAAGCUCUCAUUUCGGGCCAGGGCCCUCGAUGCCUCGAAGCCCAUGCCCAUUUACAUGUCGGAGGAAUUGCCCGAUCUUCCGGAGUAUUCGGCAAUCAAUCGAGCAGUCCCCCAAAUGCCGAGUGGGAUGGAAAAAGAGGAAGAAUGUGAACAUCAUCUUCAGAGAGCAAUAUGUACAGGCAUCAUUAUACCCACACCUGAAGUUAUUGACAUUGUUGAGAGCACAACCUUUGAAUCGUUAUACCCGGCCGACUACAAAAUGCCAAAGCAACUUAUACACAUGCAACCAUUCCUUAUUGAUCAAGAAGUCCCGGAAUAUGACAUGGAUUCAGAGGAUGAGGCGUGGAUUAAAGAGCAGCAGUCCAAGAAGAUGGACAUAUCUCCUGAUAAAUUUGAGGAGAUGAUGGACCGUCUCGAAAAGGGCUGUGGCCAGACCGUUUUGGAACUGAAUGAGGCUAAAACAUUGCUCAAGGAGGAUGAUGACCUCAUUGUAGCUGUUUACGACUACUGGUUGACAAAACGUCUAAACACAGCCCAUCCUUUGAUACCUCAAGUCAAAACGGAGACUAGAUUGCCAGGUGCAGCGACCAACAAUCCUUACCUGGCGUUUAGGCGACGCACCGAAAAGAUGCAAACUCGAAAGAAUCGUAAAAAUGAUGAGGCCUCGUAUGAGAAGAUGCUUAAGUUGAGGCGGGAUCUGUAUCGUGCAAUUUCGCUCCUUGAGCUCAUCAAACGAAGGGAAAAGUACAAACGCGAAAACCUGCAUCUUGCCAUUGAAAUUUAUGAAAAGAGAUACCAAGCGCAAGAUUUCUCCGGAACUAUUGUGAACGAAUUAAGUGCAGUUAAACCACCAAGACCGGCGUAUACUCCAAUAUACAACCACUUAAAUCACAAUUGGGUGCAUAAAAUGCCGCCUCCUAAAGUAAGCCCCGUUGCUGCUAAGGAGGACAUUGCACGGAGAGAAAAGAGACAGUAUAAAAAGCGGAAGCAUCGAUCGGGGCAGAGUUCAUCGAAUAGUAAUCGUGGCGGGGCUCUUUUGGAAAGCUCAACUCUUCCAGUCAGCUCUGAGGAUGAGGGUGUUGAGCCGCUUGGUGGCUUGGCUUCGGACACUGAAGAUGACGCAGACUCCGAUGGACCUUACGCUUUCAAGCGGAAAAAGAACUGCGACAGUUUUCUUGCUCCAAAACCUCUUGCACAUGGUAACUGGCCAUGGGCAAGUAAGGAGGAUGGAGGAGACGGAGAUGUCAAAUAUAGGUACACACUUGGUUCAAUACGACGGCCAUCGCCCAGGUGUGUUGGAUUUGUCAGGCGCAGAUUGGGCCGCGGCGGAAGAGUAAUAUUGGAUAGGGCGACCUCGUCGCUGGACGACUAUUGGUCCACCCUAGACUUCACAAUUUUGGACUCUUCUGCGCCGAAAACGCCAGUAGCAGUUGAGACUGCGCCAGCUGCUGUUGCUGUCACUCCCGCCUCGCCAGGGCCUUCAGCACUACCUCCGACAUCUACGCCUGCGUCCGUGUCAACUUCUCCUUCCAAACCGUCUACAUCGACAGCUCCACCGCUUCCUUCCCCACCUGCCAACAAAUCGGAUCCGGAGCUGCUGGCCGACCUGACUGCUGACUGGCUCCACUUUUGUCCUGUUUACGAAGGUGGAGACGAGUUCAGUGACUGCCAAUUGCCGUUCGAAGAGUUGGACGUGGAGGAUACGGACUUUGAAAUGGCGCCCUCGCAAGAGCCCAGUGCGGACUUGGAUUUUUCAGAACUGUCGUCUUCGAAGUUCUCAGUGAUCGAUGCUUCAAGUUAUGUUCCUCCCAAACCUGUAUCACCCAUUCCAUCGACUUCAUCUGUUGUUUUACCUCCGCCGCCUGUCCCACCGCCACUUAAGACUCAACGACUGGCCCUCAAGGAUCGAAUUUACCAGUUGCAAAAUAACAGAGGCACAACUCCGAACGGGCCUCACAGUGUUAAAGCAGCAACUGGAAUUCCUCAGCCAAACAACUCGGGCAGUCCAGCAGCGGUCACAGCACUUUCACCCCUCACCCCUUCGUGGACCUCGGAUGCCCCCACCUCUUCACGACUGACAAAGCCGGUUCAGCCAUCAUCCACUGCAGAACCGGCACUCCCUGGAGAAGGUGGGGCUGAAAUGAAGAAGGAAUCACAUAUUCCCGAUGAACAGUCUGUUGAGGCGAUUUUAAGACAUGUCAUGGAGGUCACAUGAUAGUAGCCCCCGAAAGCAAAAUUAUUACCAGUAAACUCCUGCAGGCUUUUUGAUGUCAACAUUGAAAGAGGCUUGAGAAACACUGCUCUAGAACUGGUGCCGGCCUCUAUUUCUGACUACGAAUUCAAAUAAGCUUUAAGACAGUUACAAGAUGUAUAAAAACAAACAAAAAAUAAUUAACUUUCUGUGAUAAUGUAUAGUGUAAGCCUGGAGAUCUUUGCCACCAAACCAUGAUAUAUCUUUGUUGUCUUUUAUGUUCUUGUACUAGACCUUGUGUGCAUUUAUAAUUGCAGUAGUCAAAAUUUUUUAAAUUAUAUCAAUCUCAAUGUUUUAACCCACUGUACUCUCCAUGAUGAUAAUGUCAAAUAGUGGGUAUUGAAAUAGCCCUCCAUGUGGGUAAAUUGUAAAACAUGUAUGUCUCACACAUGAUAUUCUCGUGUAUACAAGUAACUAAAACUAAAAAAAAAUGGCUCAUAAUUACACACAGUAGAAUUCCUGCAGGAGAGUCCUUGUUUUUUUGUGUAACAAACAUUCUGAAAUCAUCCUAUUUUGAUCUGGUGCUACUAAAUUGACAACAUGAAAUGAAUCGGGCGCCGCCACUUCAACUGUUAAACGUGAGAAGACUUCAGUCAGUGAAAAUGGGAGCGAAUAUGUGCUUUUUUAUAAAUGAAUUUAAACGGACUGUAAAUAUUGUGUAUUGAAACGAAAGAAUGUGGAGUUAACUUUCGGUUGUAACAUAAAUGCUUUUUAAGUGAAUAGAAAUUUCAAAAAGUCUUCAAUGUG